UGCAACUGUUCUGUCAUGUCCCAUCAGAAAGGCGCUGCUCAAGAACCACGACGGCGACAGAGGCCUCAGCCUGACCUACAAGGCAUCCACGACGAGCACAUGCCAUCCACUGCUCUGGCUACCUCAUUGGAAAGCAUUCAAAUACAGCCGCGGACGCCCAAGACACCGGCGAGCCACCAACGAUGGGACUCUGAGGAUGGGAUUGGCCUCGACGAGAUCGAACUCAGUCUGUUGGCUGAGGAUGAGCGUCGGGCCGCAGCGCUUGGUCUGGAGGAAGAAGCCGAGCAGGGCCAUGCAAAGCGUCCAAUAUCGUCGCAUGACAAGCAGGCUAUAGGGAUGCUCAUCGUUCUUUACCUCGUACAAGGCUUUCCUUUAGGACUUGCUCUAGGAUCUCUUCCAUUCCUUCUCAGAGAACACUUGUCGUAUUCUCAGCUAGCAAUAUUCUCACUAUCUAGCUAUCCUUAUUCCAUGAAGCUUUUGUGGUCGCCCAUUGUCGACUCCAUAUACCUUCCUUCUAUUGGUCGUCGCAAAUCCUGGAUCAUACCCAUGCAGUUGCUGGUGGGCACCAUCAUGCUCGCAUUGUCGUUCCAUGCAGAUGAAAUGAUGAACGAUCCAUCCGGAUACAUAUAUAUUCUGACCGCAGCGUUUACCGGACUUGUAUUCUUAUCCGCUACCCAAGACAUAGCUGUUGACGGUUGGGCACUCACUCUCCUUUCCGAGGACAACCUACCUUAUGCAUCAACGUCUCAGACCAUCGGUCUGAAUACAGGUUACCUUCUAUCCUAUACCGUGUUCCUGGCCCUCAACAGCGAGGCAUUUGCUGAGAAGUGGGGCAUCCCUCGGUUGAGUUUGAAUGCGUAUCUGCUUUUCUGCAGCAUGAUGUCGUACGCUGUGACAGUCUGGAUCUUCUUCAAGAAGGAGGACAAGGAGAGUGCGGACCUCGAUAUCAGCAUCAAGUCCGUCUACAUGACAAUGUGGACGAUAUGCAAGCUGAAACAUGUGCAAACGCUGCUGAUUGUGCAUCUCUUUGCGAAAAUCGGCUUUCAAGCUCACGAAGCGGUCACCUCGCUGAAAAUGGUAGAGAAAGGACUUGGUAGGGAGGACCUAGCUAUGACCGUGCUCAUUGACUUUCCGUUCCAAAUUGUGAGCGGUUGGCUAGCCGGCAAGUGGGCUAGGGGCGACAAGCCCCUGCGCGCUUGGUCGUAUGCCUAUUGGCCUCGACUGGGACUGACACUACUCGCGACAUUGAUGGUGUAUUGGUUCCCAAAGCCACCAAUCUCGACAUGGUUCUUCCUUCUGAUCAUCCUGCAAACCGUUGCUUCUUCAUUCGCAUCCACAAUUCAGUUCGGAGGAAUGGCGGCUUUCCAUACUCGUAUCUCUGAUCCUAUCGUUGGGGGAACGUACAUGACACUUUUCGCUACCUUCUCUAAUCUUGGAGGAACGUGGCCAAGAUACUUCGUGCUCAAAGGGGUGGAUUUCUUCAGCAUAGCAACCUGCAAUAUCGGAAACGACCUGUCUGUAACAGCGGCCGAAUGUGUCUCUGAACACGGCAAGACAGCAUGCGCUGAGAUCGGAGGAGAAUGUGUCACAGAGCGCGAUGGCUAUUACAUUGUCUCAGGAAUAUGUCUGAGUUUGGGACUGCUCUCGGUCAUAUUCUUCAUGAUUCCGACAGCAAAGAGAUUGCAGGCUAUUCCUCCGAGCAAGUGGCGGGUGUUCUCGUGAGCUCAUAAUAGGUGUCGCAACUUUGCGUGCUGCGUCCGCCAUAUCUUGAAAUCACUCCAGUCUGCAUGUAAUACGUAGAGU